AUGUCCAACAACCUUCUGAACCUGUUCUGUCUUGUCGACGGAGAGGCCACCACCAAUGCGUUCCCUGUCGAGAUCGAGUCAACCAAGACCAUCGGCAACCUCAAGGAGGUCAUUAGGACUAAGAAGCCCAAUGAGUUUCGCGGUGUCGAUCCAGACAAGCUCACCCUUUGGCGCGUCUCAAUCCCUGUUGUUGCAGCCAACAAACACAACCCGAUUGUCCGGAAUGAAGUUGAGUCGUCAACAGAGCUGGACCCAACCGACGAUGUUUCCGAUGUCUUUCCACAAGCACCACCCAAGAAAACGAUCCACAUCAUUGUCCAGCGCCCCCCGCCAGAACUGGAUUUGCCGGCCAACAAAAAUAUCCGUAUUACCGAAGGGAGACGAUAUACGGCUUCUGAUGGAAAGGUUGUUGAUCUACCUCCUUCAUGGAUUUGCAUUCUCGCGAACACCGAAUUCGAACCCGAACCGCGAGCAGCCUUCGAUCACCUCAAUGACGACCUUCGAGCUGGCGACGCAAUCAUUGUACCGAGUAUGGGCCAAAUCCCCAAGGACUUUGGACUUUACGGCCAAGGUCACAAACUUUUCGUCACCGAGCAAAUGCUGGAACUUUGGGAUGAAAUGCAUCGGGACCAAGAGCGUACAUACAGACGAAUCCUGUCCGGUGCGAUGGGUGUUGGCAAGUCGUAUCUCUCCUAUUUCCUCGCAGCAAGGGCGUAUGCUGAAGGAUGGCUUGUCCUCAACAUGUCAGAUGCCGGAGAGUUGGACAGGGACGACGAGAACGAGUCAGCAUUGCAGGUGGUCAAGCGAUUCCUGGCUCUCAACAAAGGUGUUUUGACCGGCGCCGAGUUGGCGAUGCUUUUAAACGACUACGACGGCACACGCAACAUAUCAAGGAAUGCUAUGUCAGUAAUCUUCGGGACGCUACUCAAGUCGCGGGAUCGGAAGACGCUGUUGCUUGUUGACGAGCAUGGGAAGUUGUUCAGAAAAGAGCCUUACAUUCUGGACAAGUUCAGGUCGCUGGACGCCAAAGGGUCUCGGGUGGUUUUCACAGGCACCGCGCACGCCAAGUACGAGAUGGAGAUCCUGGAGAAGAGCUAUAGAUUCACAUCGGUGGUUUUUGUCGGCCCGCUAUCAAGGCAUGUAUUCUCCAGGCUACUGGACACGCACCGUCGCCUGGCAGCACCAGCCAUCAGAGAUGAGGUCACAGCAAUCACAAACUGUGUGCCGCGAGAGCUUGUGUAUCUGUCAGCCACCGUCGAGGAUCUCCUGGGACCGAUCUCCCUAGACGACCUUCACAAAUGGACGAAAGACCGGACCAAGGAUUUCCUAGAUAUCGUUACGGUGUACUACAAGACCCUUGACGCUUAUAGCAAAGAGCGAUUCUACAAGGCCCUCCUGCAAACAUUCCUCGGCAGCACUAGCACAAUCGAUUUCGAAUGGGACUUCCUGGAUCUAGGACUCAUUUAUCGGGGCAAGGACGUCGGUCGGAUCGGAACACAACACCACAUUUAUGUCGUCACGCCCAGAGGGCUUCUAGAGCUGUUCAAGAACAUGCCGCUACCUGACGCUAUCAAGACCCUCAAUGGGGACGAAUUUGAGGAGGCUCUGUAUCAUCAGCUCAUAUGCACCGCCAAACCAAUCGAGCUCAAGACAACAGAUCUCAACGGCCGGCACCCGAGUACCAUUUUACUGGAUUUUUCCCAUUAUGAGCCCCUCCGAGCUGGUAUGACCUUCCUUGGAUCCGGCCACGAAAAGGUUCUGACCCGCGGCUACUGCAAUCACCCUCGAUUUGACUUUAUGCUUGGACCAGUGUUCAUUCAAGUAUCCGUCAGCGACUUUGGAAAACACAAUAAGGAAUCGGCGGACCUCAGUAUCGCUUUCACCGCCAGGGAUAUCAAUGGAACGAAUCAGAUUGAGCGUUACCUAAAUGAUCUGUAUGGUCCCGGUCACUCCGCGAAGAUAGAGCACAACAAGUUUGUUGUCACCAGGAACGGUGAGGGUGUGCUUGGAUUUAAUGUAGUCUAUCUUAAGUAA